AUGGAAGCGGCGUCAAGCUGGACAAGAAAAAGGCGGAGCGGCUGUAUCGUAUGGCCGCAGAUCGCGUACCGCGAAGGUCGGUUGGGCCUCGUGAAAUCCGAUAAGAAAGCCGCGAAGAUUUGGAAGCGCGCCGUGGAGCUCGGAAGCGUGGAGGCGAUGGUAUUUCUUGGGGAAUUGUACGAGCAUGGAAAUGGCGUCAAGCUGGACAAGAAGAAGGCGGAGCGGCUGUGGCGCAUGGCCGCGGACCGGGGCAACGCGACCGCGCAAUGCAAUUUAGGGGUUUUACUUCACUCUGAGGAGAAAUUUGAAGAGGCGUUCCGGUACUUUGCGCUCGCGGCGGAUCAAGGCUUGACCGCUGGAGAGCUCAACCUUGGCAUUUGUGUGUACCGCAACGGUUACUUCGGCGUCGUGAAAUCCGAAAAGAAAGCCGCGAAAAUUUACCGGCGCGCCGUGGAGCUCGGCGACGUGGGUGCAAUGAGAAUCCUUGGAACAUUGUACCAGAAUGGAAGCGGCGUCAAGCUGGACAAGAAAAAGGCGGAGCGGCUGUAUCGUAUGGCCGCAGAUCGCGGCGACGCGCUCGCGCAAUACAAUUUAGGGGCUCUCCUUUAUUCUGAGCAGAAAUUUGAAGAUGCGUUCCGGUACUCUGUGCUCGCGGCGGAUCAAGGCUUCGCCGAAGCAGAGAACAACCUUGGCGUGUUUUACAGGGACGGACGAGGCACGGAACAGAAAAUUGAAGAGGCGUUCCGGUACCUCACGCUCGCGGCGAAUCAAGGCUGUACGAAUGGGGAGUUUGGCCUUGGCAUUUGUUACAGGAACGGAGAAGGCACGGAAGUCGACCUCGGCAAAGCCAGGUACUGGUUCGAGCGCGCCGCUGCCAAGGGCGACGAGAAAGCUAUAGAGAACCUCGCGCGCCUCGACGCGCAAGUAUAG